UAGAAAGACUAUACAGUAUUUUCAUUGGAUUGGUCUGCUGCAGCAUGCACAGAUGGAAUACCCAUAAUAAAACUGCUGGAAUAUCCUGCAGCAGUAAAAAACACUCGUGAAAUAGGAGAGCUUAUGGCGAAAUACGUUAUAACACUGAUAACGGAUUGCAAAAUUCCACUGGAUAACAUAACGUUUGUCGGUCACAGUCUCGGGGCGCAUGUAUGUGGCUUCGCUGCAAAAAACAUUCAUAAUUUGGGUUACGGCAAAAUGCCGCUUAUCAUCGGCGCUGAUCCCGCGGCGCCGCUGUUUGCGUGGAAUAAGUGCGAGAAUAGGCUCUGCAAGACGGAUGCCAUACAUGUAAUAAUUGUUCACACAUCGCUUCUCGGAAUGCAGUCCAACAUGGGUGACGUCGAUUUGCGGUUUAAUGGUGGAAAGGAACAACCAAACUGUGGUGAGAUUAAUUAUUAUAUUUAAUUAAUGCAUUCAAAGAUGUUGAAUAUUACGAGAAUGACAGAAAGUGAAAGACACUGGAAAUAUUGCAAAUAAAAUUCAUG